AUGUGGAGUAUCCUUGCAGUUACCGCUACGUCUGCUUUCAGUGCCUCUGCUGGAAUGUUGUCUGGUCCUGCUGCUUUGCCACUUUUGAUUUGUCUGAUGGCCAUGCUGAUUUCUUCAAUUGUUGGUGGGCCAACAUCGAUUGGGAGGUCUGUGGGUGCUGCUUCGAUGUUGGGUGGAUUCAGUGGAGCUGGUCGAUUCAAGAGUUCUUUGAAGUGUUCUACCCACCUGUUUUGCUGUUCUUCACUGUUGGUGAUUACUUUGCCUUCCUUGCAUUUCACUGGUCGUUCUGGUUUACGUCUUGAAAUGCAUUGUCAAAAUUAUGAUUUUGAUUUGAAUCAAAUGAAACCUGUUGUUAGUCCGAUCAGUUGUAUUAUCAAUGAAAGUGAUCAGAAAAGUCGACAUUGUCAUCGUCAUCACCAACAUCAACACACACGACAUAAACAAGUAUGGCAUUGGGAACAGUUGGACACCACACUCAAUUAUGUCCCCACAUUUUAUUUAAACAACAAAUAUCAUUCAGAUAGUUACCUACUUCGAUCGCAUCAACAGGAAUAUCCAGUACCACCGAAUACACCACACAAAUGCACUACAAAAUCAUCAAACUACCAAUUCACCGAGAAUAAGUACAAUUCAUCUACUUCGUUCACACUGCACAGGUCACAAGUAUAUCAUCACAUAUCAUCUCCAGUACCAAUCAUCCAACCAGUUACAACUUCAUUUUGUGUGUGCCGUACUCGCAGUAGGAAUUCACCAAACUGCACAAUGUCAUCUGGUAGAGCUUCCAAGUAUUUGCUUGCUGAACAUAUACGGAGUAAAAGUGAAGGGAAACACAUUGACCACAUACACAACUCACAUCUUGAUGGACACGCAAAAUGCAGUGUUUGUAUUGAUUCGACUUGUCGUUCUUCUCAACUUCCAUACAAAUUAUCAAGUUAUUCGUCUUCCAAUAUUCCAUGUUCAAAGAGUGUGAAUGGUGUUGUGGAAUGGGAAAACAUUCCAUAUUCUGAUAAACAAGUGUCUCCCAGUCCACCAUCCACAUCGAACAGAUCUAGUUUGAAGCAAAUGAAACUGACUGGACAUAUCAUAAUCAUGGAUGAAGAUGAGGAUAAUGAUGAUGAAUAG